AUGUCCGACCACUGGAGCCACCUCACCACAAAGCCCACCAGCACAACGCCUGGAUACCUUGGUGAAAUCUACUCAGGCGAAACAUACAGACCUAAAUCUGAGCCCUACUAUGGUCCCAAUCACCAACCACUGCCCGAGACUUUUGGGAAAGCAAUGUCGCCCACAGAAGUGAAAUAUGUAGACAAGAGUCGCUGGGUUGCUAUCAAAGAAGCAUCCUGCGGAUUGAAACUUGCCACCUUCAUGACAUUCUUUUUCAUCAUUGGCUGCACGAUUGUCAUUGUACUGAUGGCUGUGGAUAUAAUCCACGUACCACGUCGAGACCCGAUCACGAAGACACUUAACUCGACGGAUGUUGACUGGAAAGGACUCAAUUCAACAGUCACAGCUUUUUCCAAAACGUCUGUUGUGGUAUCGCCACCUGCCACUGCGGUCGUUAUUUCUGAGCUUUCAAUUGACGAUAUGGGAUGUAUUUCUAACGCCCAAGUCGGAUUCGUGACAAAAGUUCGACCCGCACCAACUAAAGUGGUAAACACCCACCAUUAA